GAGGAGCAGAGGAGACCAACGGACCGGACAGAGACGAGGAGAGAAACAGGAAGAGAGAAGCUGGGAGAGUCGGGAACCUGGGGGCUAGUGACCUGCACACAGGGCAGGGGCACUCAGCAGUUCCCAGAGGCCACCCCUCCCAUCCCAGACAUCCAGACAUCUGGAACUUUGGGUGCCAAGAGUCCAGCUUAAUGCAGGCAGCCUGGCUUUUGGGGGCUUUGGUGGUCCCCCAGCUCUUGGGCUUUGGCCAUGGGGCUCGGGGAGCCGAGAGGGAGUGGGAGGGAGGCUGGGGAGGUGCCCAGGAGGAGGAGCGGGAGAGGGAGGCCCUGAUGCUGAAGCAUCUGCAGGAAGCCCUGGGACUGCCUGCUGGGAGGGGGGAUGAGAAUCCUGCCAGAACUGUUGAGGGCAAAGAGGACUGGGAGAUGGAGGAGGACCAGGGGGAGGAAGAGGAGGAGGAAGCAACGCCAACCCCAUCCUCCGGCCCCAGCCCCUCGCCCACCCCCGAGGACAUCGUCACUUACAUCCUGGGACGCCUGGCCGGCCUGGACGCAGGCCUGCACCAGUUGCACGUCCGUUUGCAUGCGUUGGACACCCGCGUGGUCGAGCUGACCCAGGGGCUGCGGCAGCUGCGGGACGCGGCGGGCGACACCCGCGAUGCCGUGCAAGCCCUGCAGGUGGCGCAGGGUCGCGCCGAGCGCGAGCACGGCCGCUUGGAGGGCUGCCUGAAGGGGCUGCGCCUGGGUCACAAGUGCUUCCUGCUCUCGCGCGACUUCGAAACUCAGGCGGCGGCGCAGGCGCGGUGCACGGCGCGGGGCGGGAGCCUGGCGCAGCCGGCUGAUCGCCAGCAGAUGGAGGCGCUUACACGCUACCUGCGCGCGGCGCUCGCCCCCUACAACUGGCCGGUGUGGCUGGGCGUACACGAUCGGCGCGCUGAGGGUCUCUACCUCUUCGAAAACGGCCAGCGCGUGUCCUUCUUCGCUUGGCAUCGCGCACCCCGCCCCGAGCUCGGCGCCCAGCCCAGCGCCGCGCCGCACCCGCUCAGCCCGGACCAGCCCAACGGCGGCACGCUGGAGAACUGCGUGGCGCAGGCCUCUGACGACGGCUCCUGGUGGGACCACGACUGCCAGCGGCGCCUCUACUACGUCUGCGAGUUCCCCUUCUAGCGGGGCCGGUUCCCCGCCUCCCUGCCCAUCCCACCAGCCGGCCUUUCCCUGCGCCGUGCCCACCCUCCUGCGAGAUCGCCCUUCCCUUCCUGUCCACGGAUGGCAGCAUCUCCCCCACCCCCCUCCAGGCUGGGCGCUCCUGGGAGGGCUCUUGCGGUGCCGGGACCCCUCCUUGUUAGUGUCCUUCCUUGAAGGGGCGGACACCAGGCUAGGUCCGGUGCCAAUAAAUCCUUGUGGAAUCUGACUUGA